GACUGCAAUUGAACUGCGCUGUUUCCGAGAGAGAAGCACAUUGUCAACUGUCUGCCCGUCCUGUAAAAAAAGGAAAUAGUGACACUUUUGCUGUCACAGAGAAAGUUUUACCAUGGCCGGUGGCUCGGUAUCGGAGUGUAAGGAAUACUUGUUCAAAGUUUUGGUGAUUGGAGAGUUAGGCGUGGGGAAAACUAGCAUUAUUAAGCGGUACGUCCACCAGCUAUUUUCCCAGCACUACCGAGCAACUAUCGGUGUUGAUUUCGCACUAAAAGUAAUCAAUUGGGACAGCAAGACGUUGGUGCGAUUACAACUGUGGGAUAUUGCAGGUCAGGAACGUUUCGGUAACAUGACCAGGGUGUACUACAAGGAAGCCGUUGGGGCGUUUGUCGUCUUCGACGUGACGCGCGGCUCCACCUUCGAGGCGGUGUCCAAGUGGAAGCACGACCUGGACAGCAAGGUGAAGCUGGCCAAUGGCAGCCCCAUCCCCUCCGUGCUGCUGGCCAACAAGUGCGACCAGAAGAAGGAGACCACCAACAACUCCUCCCUCAUGGACAACUUCUGCAAAGAGACAGGCUUCCUGGGCUGGUUUGAGACCUCGGCCAAGGACAACAUCAACGUGGACGAGGCGGCCCGCUUCCUGGUGGAGAACAUCCUGAUCAAUGACAAGGGGCUGCCCUACGAGGACAGCAAUGGGGACAGGGUCAAACUGGACCAGGAGGCCGUGGCGGCGGAGAGCAAGUCCGGGUGCUGCUGACGCCAAUGCCCC